ACAGAGACAAAAUUUUAAUUCAAAUUGGAAGCGGACGACAAUAAACAAUAUACAAGAGGAAGCAAGAAUCCUUCACCCACCAUUUGUCUCUCAUGCAAGAACCCAAAACAGCCAAAUGGUAGUCAAAUGUUUCCCAUUUUCCAAAAUCCUAGACUUAUGUGCCAAAACAUUUUAGGUUAGAUUAUUAGGUCUUUCAUCUCCUCUACGACUACUCUGCUGAAAAAAUUUCACCACAGCAAUCUUUGAGAAACUCAAUCUACAACAGCAAAAAAAAAAAAAAAAAAAAAAAAAAAAAAAAAAAAAAAUGUUAAACCGCAAUGAAAAUUCUCCUCAUAUAGCUCUGUUUCCAAGCGCCGGAAUGGGUCAUUUGACACCAUUUCUCAGGCUUGCUUCUAUGCUUCUGUCCCAUAAAGACUGUCAUCUCACUUUGAUCACUGGCCACCCUACUGUUUCUGAUACGGAAUCCUCCUAUAUCUCCUACUUUCUUUCUCAAAAUCCAGAAGUCAACCAUAUUCAGCUCCAAAUCAUUCCUUUCCAUGGCUCUAAUCCCACCACAGAUGACCCUUUCUUUCUCCAGUUUGAAGCCACCAGACGCUCUGCUCAUCUUCUUCACCCUUUACUCUCUUCAACAUCCCCACCUCUCUCUGCUCUCUUUUCUGACUUUGUAGUUGCAUCCACUGUGUCUCCUAUAGCCGCUGAUCUUGGCAUUCCCAACUAUAUUGUUGCGACUACCUCUGCUAAAUUUUUCUGUCUCAUGGCUUACCUUCCAACGCUUCUAUCCAAUGUUGCUGAGCUUAGCAGAAUUCCUGAAGUCAAAAUACCAGGUUUAACCCCUCUGCAAAUUUCAAGUAUUCCUCCUCCUUUCAAGGACCCAGAUCAUCUUUUCACGGCACAACUUGCUACAAAUGCUCUAGCACUCUCAGCUGCCAAAGGAAUUUUAAUCAACACUUUUGAUGGGUUUGAAUCAGAAACUCUUGCUGCAGCCAAUGAUGGGAGAGUUUUAACCCAUCUCCCAUCAUUUCUUCCAACUGGACCUCUAGAACCUUAUGAACUCAAUAAAGAACAGAUGCAGCACUGUCUCUCAUGGCUAGACAGAAAACCAGCAGAAUCUGUAGUUUAUGUGAGCUUCGGAAGCAGAACAGCCAUGUCCAAUGAUCAAAUAAGAGAGCUGUCCAAAGGGUUGGAGAGAAGUGGAUAUCAUUUCCUGUGGGUUUUGAAAACCAGUAAAGUUGAUAGAGAUGAUAAAGAGGAGCUGAAGGAUCUGCUAGGGUAUUCAUUUCUGGAGAGAACAGAGAAGAGUGGAAUGGUAGUGAAGGGGUGGGUGAACCAGCAGGAGAUUCUGGACCACCCUGCGAUUGGUGGGUUCAUAAACCACUGCGGUUGGAACUCGGUAAUGGAAGCGGCUAGGCGAGGAAUACCAAUGCUGGCAUGGCCACAACAUGGGGAUCAAAUGGUGAAUGCAGAAAUUGUUAAAGAUGCAGGGUUGGGAAUAUGGGAAAGGAAAUGGGGUUGGGGUGUGGAAGCGCUUCUGGAUGGGGAAGAGAUUGCAGAAAGGAUCGGAGAAUUGAUGGGAAAUGAGAAGCUGAAGAGUAAUGCCAGGAAGGUUGGAGAAGAAGCUAGGAAAGCUAGUGGAGUUGAUGGGAGUUCAGAGAAGGUGUUAAUGGGAGUCAUUGAAUUCCUAAAGCAGCAGAAAAAUUGAAGUCCUCUCACAAACUACAAAUAAAUCAUCUAUAAUUUUAACUUUGUUGUCAAGUAAAGCUUUUUAUAUGUGUAAGAUAGGAAUUAGGACCACAAGCAGUGUAACUUCACCGAAUAAUUUCAUGUGCUGGUUUUUCGCUUUUCUU